AUGGCGGAGCUCGCGCUCUGUGACCCGGAUGCUAUUUUCACGGUCAGCGAGCUACUUCUCGAGCUGCUGUUAUCAAAUAAAGGUGUUCGUUUGCUGGAAAUACACGCACUUACACAUAUAAAAUACAUCCAGACGCGUUUCUCAAAACCAUGCCAAGUGCUCAGUGAGGUGUCCUGGUGACGAUGGCUGUGGUGUCAUGGAAGGAAACGUGUCUGCUCGCUGCGCUGGUGUUGGGCUGCUACUGGAACAGCUGGCUGUGCGGCUUUGUGUUCGACGACGUCUCCGCCAUCUUGGAUAACAAGGACCUUCGUCCCUCGACGCCAAUUCAGAACCUGUUUCUCAAUGAUUUUUGGGGGACCCCCAUGUCAGAGGAGCGAAGCCAUAAAUCCUACAGGCCGCUCACUGUGCUCACCUUUCGCCUAAACUACCUGCUGAGUGAGCUGAGUCCAGCGUCCUACCAUCUUCUCAACGUGGUUCUUCACGUGGCCGUGUGCAUCCUCUUCCUGCGCUUCUGCCGCCUGCUGAUGGACCGCACGACCAGCCUGGUGGCCGCGCUGCUGUUCGCCGUCCAUCCGGUCCACACCGAGGCUGUCACAGGCGUUGUGGGGAGAGCCGAAUUGCUGUCCUCAAUCUUUCUCCUGGCGGCGUUCCUGGCGUACACCAAGUCGAAAGGUGCCGAUCGCUCCAUCGUGUGGACACCAAUCAUUCUGACGGUGUUCCUUGUUGCCGUAGCAACUCUGUGUAAGGAGCAGGGAAUCACUGUGAUCGGGAUAUGCUGUGUGUACGAAGUGUUUGUAGCACAAGGGUUCACGCUGCCCCUGCUGAUCGAGACGGCACUGCAAGUGUUACGAGGGAAGGACCUUUUUCCCUAUGCGGUGCUGCAGACCCUGCUGAAGUUGGUGGUGCUGGUCAUCAGCACACUGCUGCUGGUUAUAGUGCGAGUUCAGGUCAUCCAGUCGCAACUGCCCGUCUUCACUAGGUUUGAUAACCCAGCAGCCGUCAGCUCCACGCCAGCCCGCCAGCUCACCUUCAACUACCUGCUUCCUGUGAAUGGCUGGCUCCUGCUCAACCCGUCGGAGCUGUGCUGUGACUGGACCAUGGGCACCAUUCCUCUGGUGGAAUCUGUCCUAGACCCGCGCAACCUGGCAACCCUGGCCUUCUACGUGCUGCUGGGCGUCCUGGCCUAUCACAGCCUGCGCCAUGGCCACAGCUCCGCCAAGACAGUCCUCAUGGCUCUCUCACUGAUUGUUCUCCCGUUCAUCCCAGCGUCCAACCUAUUCUUCCCCGUGGGCUUUGUGGUUGCCGAGCGUGUGCUUUAUGUACCCAGUAUGGGCUUCUGUGUCCUGGUGGCUCACGGAUUCAAGAGUCUGGCGUUACGAGGGGCAUUGAAGAAAGUCUCCUGGUUGUUUAUGGGCGUUCUUCUAUUGACGCACUCUGUCAAGACCUUCUACAGGACCUGGGACUGGGAGUCGGAGUACACCCUGUUCACCUCUGCCCUAAAAGUGAACAAGAACAACGCCAAACUGUGGAACAAUGUUGGCCACGCUUUGGAGAACCAGAACGAUUAUGAGAGAGCGCUCAAAUAUUUCCUCCAGGCUACAAGAGUACAACCAGAUGAUAUUGGCGCCCACAUGAACGUUGGAAGAACGUACAAGAACCUCAAUCGAUCCAAAGAGGCUGAAGAGGCAUAUCUGGUUGCAAAAUCUCUUAUGCCACAGGUAAUACCAGGAAAGAAGUAUGCAACUCGCGUGGCCCCUAACCACCUCAACGUAUACAUCAAUCUAGCAAACCUGAUCCGAGCUAAUGACUCGCGGCUGGAGGAAGCAGACCAGCUGUACAGGCAAGCCAUCAGCAUGAGGCCCGACUUCAAACAAGCGUACAUCAGCAGAGGUGAACUCCUGCUGAAGAUGAAUAAACCCAGCGAGGCAAAGGACGCCUACUUGCGAGCGUUAGAGCUGGACCAUACCAAUGCUGAUCUGUGGUACAACCUGGCCAUCGUUAACAUCGAGAUGAAGGAUCCUUCAGAAGCACUGAGGAACUUCAACCGCGCGCUGGAUCUCAACCCACGUCACAAACUUGCCCUUUUCAACUCCGCGCUGCUCAUGCAGGAAUCUGGUGAGGUAAAGCUCCGCCCUGAAGCAAACCGCCGCUUCCUGAGCUACGUAGAGGAGGAACCCAAUGAUGCCAACGGCUACUUCAACCUGGGCAUGCUAGCUAUGGAUGCUGAGGAAAAUGAGGUGGCGGAACGCUGGAUGCGCAAAGCCAUCGCGCUGCAGCCUGGCUUCCGCAGUGCCCUCUUCAAUCUGGCGCUGCUUCUGGCGCAGGGGAAACGCGAGCGCGACGCCCUGGCCAUCCUGGACGAGCUGCUGCACCACCACCCUGAGCACUCCAAGGGCCUUAUCCUAAAAGGUGAUAUUCUCAUGAACCAGCUGAAGGACACGCACGGUGCACGAGAAGCCUUCGAGCGCAUCCUGCGUUCUGACCCAAGGAACGUUCAGGCCAAGCACAACCUGUGCGUGGUGUACUUUGAGGAGCGUCAGCUGGCAAGGGCAGAACAGUGUCUCCAGGAGACGCUGGAAAUGGCACCGCACGAGGAAUACGUGCAACGCCACCUCGCAAUCGUCCGCGCCAAAAUGGCCGCCAUGAGCGCCGCCGGAAAGCCGCUGGCACCAGCAGAGGGGGCUGAGGUACUGGAAAAACAACAGAAGCAUGCUCGGAGAGAGGAAGAAGAGGACGCCGGGGGAGAGAAGAAUUUGCGGAAAUCCUCCCACGCUGAAAACUCCAGUGGCCUGGAGAAGAAGCUGGAUGCCGGCCAAGUCGACAAGCGGACUAAGAGCAAAUCCACGCAGGAGAUUAAAGACAUAGAAAAGAAAAGGGAGGCUGCGUUGAAGAGACUGGAGGAAAUCGAGCGCAUAUUAAGCAGUGAUUAACCUUGUUUUGUUUUCUUUAAAGCUGCCUCCGGACUACUUUCAUACAUCUAUUUAAAGCACAGGGAGGAGGAUUUGUUUCCAAAACAAGAGUUUGUUUAUGCAGUCGUUUGAGAACACGGGUGUUUUGGGUUUGAAUUGGCUUUUUACUGUGAGGCAGAGUCAUACUUUUUGUGACUUUUGAGUAUAAAUCAGGUGAGCAAUCAUGAGUAAGGAGAAAAGCACAAAAUUAGGUACUUUUAAAAGAAAGGGAAAAAAGAACGACUGCAAGAUCAUGAAUGCCUAAGGUGUGUGUGUGUGUGUGUGUGUGUGUGUGUGUGUGUGUGUGUAUUUUUUUAAAUGGGGGGAAAAAAGUGUAUUUUGUUGGGGUUGAUGUUUUUUUGAAUCACUGGGUCAGUUGGUAAAUAGCUUGGGAGACGGUAUUCACAUUUCCACAGCCAAUUAGGUACAUUAAUCAUUAAAAAGCAGACAAUUUAAGGAAGUGAUGGACGGCAUGAGUGCUCAGCGCCUGCUUCCUGUCCAGUGACGCCUUUUUCCUCGUCUGCUGUUCCUCCACUCCCUGCUCUUGUGGUGUCGAGGCUUUAAUUAGACCACUCUGACAUCAUCCGGGAUGUUGAUGUCAUGGCUAAUCGGGGUCACCUCUUCUUUCGUACUCUUGUUAGUAGCCUUGACCUGGAUUUUUUGUGGACUUUUUUUUUUGACGAGCUCAAAAUUCAAACAAGGAAGAAAAAAACACACAUCCCGUCACAGCUUUCAUUGAGUUAUUGGUUAAUGUGUGUGCUUUUUUUUUUUUUUUUUUUUUUUUCCCCCCCUUUUUCUUGCCUGUAAGUACAAGGCAAGUACUGUAUUCUCUAAGGUCACUUCUUCCUUGCAUACACUCUCUCACUCACACACACACACACACACACUCACUCUCCCCACUACAGCAGAGAGUGAAAUCGAAGCGACAGGUCUACUAAUUUAUGUACCCAUGAUUCACUUUGCUUUAUUAUCCUUUCCUCACCUUUUUUUUUUUUUUUCUCUGACAGUCCAAUAUCAAAGAACCGUGCAGUCUAACAUAAGAUUGUCUGGCUUGGAUUUCACGUCUACGUUUCAGCAAUAUUGGUACGUGACCGCUCUAAAAUGCACUUGAAGCCUAUGAGAAUGAUUGAUUUACCCAUGAGCCAUUAACACAGAUCCCUCAUCACAGAUGAGGGAAAAUAUUUGAAAUGGCUGCCCUAUCAGUAUAUAUUGCUACGUUUCCACCAGAUCCUUACUGUCUUUGUGAAAUAAAUAUCAAUAUGUGUAUUAUAUAAAAUGCAGCCUGUAUUAUUUAUCAGCAUGUACCACUUUAAUAAACGUAUUACCCGCUAAUGUGAUUAAAGUAGGGGUGUUACGGUUAGUCACUGGGUACGAUUAGAAGGUUACUGACUUUUUCCAAAACACAGAUUUUCCAGCUAUUUUCAUUUACUAUUUUUGCUCAGGGUGUCACUUUUCCUUGCAGCCAAACUCUUUCGAAAUUUGAAUUCGGAUUGGAUUAGUUUCUCACGAGGAGGUGGGACUACAAUUGGGCUGGAUGGGCUGGAUAAUCUCUGGGAUAUUCGUCCUGUCCAAAUCUGUCGUGUCAGUAAUAUCUUAUGGAUUUGUGCAUUCCGGCCUCUGAAAAGAUUACUCUGUAUUUUUCCUUCUAUAAAUUCCUGAAUGCUGCAUUCUGCUAAAGGUAGUAACUUGACAUUUCUGACCUCCGAAAAAAAAACCCAAAAGAAAAGGCCUCUUCAGCUUGGAAUUCCUGCUCGUAAUCUUUCUAAACUCCAACACACACAUUACAUAAAAAAAGAAAUUACUGAAAUGUAUUUGAAUGGGCCUGAAAGUUUACCCUAUAUAAAAUGACUGCUACAAUAACCCACAAAUAUA